ACUCACAACAACCAAAGUGUGACGUUACCACACAAACUAGUUUCAUUUUUUGCUUUUCCUCUUUAAUCUUAACCUGUCAUAUUCAUGUUGAAUAAGUUAAUUUGGAUUUAUAAUUAUUGUAAAGUUGUAGAUUUAACAUUUUAAAAAUUAGGUGAUGUAGAUAUACCUGAAGGAAGUCCAUGGUCCGAAGCAAAAGUCCAAAAUAAAUAAAAAUGUUGAGAAAAAAAACUGAAGUACUUCUCCAUUGUGGGUUUGUUUGAUGAGGCGAGAGCUUGAAAUAUAACCAAAAAACAAAAAUGCCAGCUGUGAACAAUUUAAAUGCAUUUUUGGGUGCUGCAGUACUGGGAGUUAUAGGAGCAGCAGGCAUGUUUCUCGUUGAACAGUAUAGACAAAACAGGGUUCGUCAUGCAAUGGCACAAGAUUUAGCACGAUUAGAUCAAGAGUUGAGUCAAGUGCGAAGAGAAUUAAAUCAAUUACUGAGUAAAAAGACACGUAAAACCAAAGGAAGAAAUAGUUCAAAUAGAGCAAAUUCUGUUGCAUCAGGUACCACAAUAGAUGAUAGUAAUGUGGAAAGUUCUGAUAUGGAAUACUUUGAUGUCAGUGAUGAUGAACCAGACUUGGGUUUGAUGGAUUUGGAACAAGCCUUGAAUAUCAUUGAUGUAAAACUAGAUAGUGGAUCAUUACAUGACCUACAGGAUUCCCUUAUUGAACUUGGUGAUUUGGGUAUUGAAUAUCCUGGAAAUCCAGAAUUAUUAUGGAGACUUGGAAAAGCUCAUCAAAAAAUAUCUGAAAAAAGUAAUGUUCCUAGUAUCAUCGAAGAACACAUUUCAAAAGGAAUACAAGCGUGCUCACAAGCUCUCAAACUGAAAGAUGAUUCUGCUAACAUUCACAAAUGGUAUGCAAUUUUGAUUGGAUCUAGAAGUGACUUUGUAUCACUGCAGGAAAAAAUUAGUGAUGGACAUAUAUUCAAGAAACAUGUAGAUGCAGCUUUAGCAUUGUGUCCUACAGAUCCUUCUCUACACCAUAUGCUUGGGAGGUUUGAUUUCGAGGUAGCUUCGUUGAAAUGGUAUGAAAGAAAAGUAGCAGCAGCUCUAUUUGGUGAACCUCCAAAUUCUACAAUUCCUGAGGCUUUGGAACAUUUCAUGGAAGCUGAAAGACUUUCAAAUUUUGAUUGGAAAGAAAAUAAGUUGAUGAUUGCAAAAUGUAAAAUAGCUUGUGGCGACUACAAGGAAGGUGUUGAUUGGCUACAGAAAGCAAGUAACUGCCGAGAGGGUGUUGCUGCGGACGAUAAAGUUGAUGCCGAGGUGGAGGAACUACUGAAGAAGUAUAAUAGUUACAGAUAGGCAUUUUAUUUAAUGAUUCAUUGUUUUUUUAAUGGUCCCAUGUUAGUGUGUUUUUAAAAUAUACCAAGAUCAUUUUAUUGCUACAUUCCAAAGCGUUUUGAAGAGAAAAUAUAUUUACAAAAUUUUGAAUUGACUGUAUGACAUGUAUAAAUGUAAACAAUAUAAAUGUUUUAAUGUAGGUAGAGGAUUCAAAAGUGUUUCUCAUAUGAAAGUUGUGAUAUGUUUUAUGUAUUCAACUGUUUUAUUUAUGAGCAAUACCAGUAUGUAUAGUCGUUUAUGUUUCUUUCUCCAUAAAAGAGAGCCAUCGGACACCAACUGGUUUAAGUUAUAGAUUCAAAAUAUUUACAAUAAAAAUUUUAUAACAAUUGAA